AGCCCUCCCCUUAAAACGGAUCUCAGGCCCUGGUGCUGACCCAGCCCACCGCCCACGACUAUGCAAGCGAGAGCCCUUCUUCUGAGGCUAGGGUGCGAGGCCGCCGCCCCUCCUGCAACCUCAAACCGCAGCCCCUCAGUGUACCCCGCUUGGGGGCGGCUAGACACCGGAAACUCGAGCUUUUGGCUGCCUGCCCGAGACCGGAAGCGGAAGCGCGGGGUGUUGGUGAGGAAGGAGUUGCGGGGUGGUUCGCUGCGUGCUGUGUACUGUCUUCUCCGCGGGGAUCAGGAUUCAUGUGACAAGUAAAACGUCUCUGUUCAUGCUUGAGUUGAAACUAGCCUCAAGCUUCACCUGUCCUCACUGAUCUGUGGAUUUCUGUAUGACCAGAGCCCUGACUGAGUGCAUUGUGGGGAGAAGAGGAGGAGUGUCCUGGCCCUUCCACUGCCCUGUUGUUCACUAAAACUUACCAUCAGAGUCACCACAGGAUGGCAACCAUGGUUCUGUCCCCUACUUGUGCUCAGUCUUCCUUGUACCCAAUCUCUCAUCAAAAAGGAUGCACAGAGGAGGAAGGGUUGGCCAACGGCUUCCUGACAAGCUGGUUACAAGACUUGGUGACUUUUGAGGAUGUGACGGUGGAGUUCACCCGGGAAGAGUGGGCACUGCUAGACCCUUUGCAACGAACACUGUACAGAGAUGUGACGCUGGAGAACUGUAGGAACCUGGCAUCGCUUGGGUAUCAUAUUGAUAAACCCAGUCUGAUCUCCCAGUUGGAGCAAGAAGACAAGGUGAUGACAGAGGAGAGAGGAAUUCUUCCAGGCAGCUGUCCAGAUUUGGAGACUGUACUUAAAGCCAAAUACUUAACUCCUAAGAAGCAUGUUUUUAGAAAAGAACAUUCUAAUGGUGUACAAGCGGAGAGAAGUCAUCUUGGAGUGAAACUCAAUGAAUGUAAUCAGUGUUUUAAAGUCUUCAGCACAAAAUCUAAUCUUACUCAGCACAAAAGAAUUCAUACUGGAGAAAAACCCUAUGACUGUAAUCAAUGUGGCAAAUCCUUCAGCAGUAGAUCUUAUCUUACUAUUCAUAAGAGAAUACAUAAUGGGGAGAAACCCUAUGAAUGCAAUGACUGUGGGAAAGCCUUCAACGAUCCUUCAUCCCUUAGACUGCAUGUAAGAAUUCACACUGGAGAAAAACCCUAUGAAUGUAACCAGUGCUUUCAUGUUUUCCGCACUAGUUGUAACCUCAAAAGCCACAAGAGAAUUCAUACACGGGAGAAUCAUCAUGAAUGUAAUCAGUGUGGCAAAGCCUUCAGCACCAGGUCCUCCCUUACUGGGCACAAUAGUAUUCAUACAGGAGAGAAACCUUAUGAAUGCAAUGAUUGUGGGAAAACCUUUAGGAAGAGCUCCUAUCUGACCCAGCAUAUGAGAACUCAUACUGGAGAAAAACCUUAUGAGUGUAAUCAGUGUGGAAAAUCCUUCAGCAGUAGCUUUUCUCUUACUGUGCACAAGAGAAUUCAUACUGGUGAGAAACCCUAUGAAUGCAGUAACUGUGGGAAAGCUUUUAAUAAUCUCUCAGCUGUUAAGAAACAUGUAAGAACUCACACUGGAGAAAAACCCUAUGAAUGUAAUCAUUGUGGAAAAUCUUUCACCACUAACUCUUACCUUUCUGUGCACAAGAGAAUCCAUAAUAGGUGGAUAUGACUACAAUAACUAGAAAUGCAUUCAUUGAUUUCAUAUCUCUCAGACAACUUGUGAUAACUCACACUAGAUGUAUACGUUAUCUAUUGCUGUAUAACACAUUUUCCUUCUAAACAUAGUGGCUUUAAACAACAAACAUUGAUUAUCUAUAGGUCAGGAAUUCGGAACAGCUUAGCUGUGUAGUUCUGACUCAGUAUUUCUUUUGAAGUUCUAGUCAAGAUGUCAAUGGCUGCUACAGUCAUCUGUGUCUUUACUGCUGAACAGUCCACUUCCAAAAUGGGUCACUCACAUGUCUGGCAAGUUAUUGCAGGUUGCUGGCGAGGAAUCUUCAUUUUUUUUUUUUUUUACCAUGUAGGACUCUCCACAGGGCUAAGUAUCUUUAUGAUGUAGAAGCAGUUUCCUCCCAGAGCAUUUGAUAUAAAGAUGCAUUGUCUUUUGUGACCUAGCCUUAGAAGGACAUAUCAUUUCCGUAUUUGACACAGACCAGUCCUGACGCAGUGUGGGAAGAGACCACACAAAAUAUGAGUACCAGGGGACAGAAAUUUUGGGGAACCAUCUGAGAAGCUUGUUAUGAAAUCAAUGAGGGAAAGACCUUCAGGAGAACCACCCUCAUUCUUUGAAUCUGUUCAGUAUAAAGGAACAUUCAAUAACUCUUGUGUUAAUUCUCUCGUGAGAGAAACCCCAUGAGUCUAAUCUUUGUGAUAAGCUUUCAGCUCAAAUUUCACCCUCAUGUGCAGAAAAUAUUAUGUAUUGGCAAUAAAUCUGAGGACUACAUCUAGGGAGUCAUGUGACAAUUCAUACUAGGGAAAAUCCUGUGAAUAUCAUUAGAAAGUAAAAGUCUUCACUUUUCACUUAGAACACACAUGAGAAAACACUACAGAGGAGCACUUACCUAAGGAAUGUGGAAAACCUUAUAGCAAAAGCAUUUAUAUUAUUGAGCAGAAGAUGAAGAGAUAUUGAGUGUAGUUACUAUGGGAAAGCCUUCAGUGUUCUCUCAACUUUUAAGAGAUAGGAGGAUUUAUUCUUGAGAACAAGUCCCAUUGAAUGUCAUCAGUAUUGGAAAGCUUCCAUUUUUUUUACAUUCUUCAAACUGAAAACUCACUGCAGAGAAAUUUGUGAGUAUAAAGAAUGAGGGAGUACUUUUAAUGAUACUUCUUAACUUAGGAAAAAUGUGAAAUUCGUGGAGCAGCAAAACCUGGAAGUGGAUUAAUUUUGGAAAAUCUCUUGGUGAUUCUUGUUUUGUUGACUUGAGAAGUCACAUUGGAGGGGAACAUUAGGAAGGUACUCAACAUGAGAUUGCCUUAGCUCUUCUCUGAGUGGCCACAGAAUAAUUUAAACUGGGAAUGAAAAGUAUACAUGUUGAGUGUGGGAUUACUUUUAUCAGUGUCUCAUCUUAGAUUGAAGCAUCAGUCUUAAUUUUCAGUCUUUUUGUUUAGGUAUAAACAUGUCUCUAGCUAUACCCUGAAAUAAACCCUAAAUUAUAUUCUAUAGCUUUGUAUGUAAUACAUGUCAUUUAAUCUAAAAUAUUAGUAUAUUGCAUAUUCAUAAAGGCAUUUCUGAAUAUCUCCUGAGUGAUUUAGUUUAUCAUAGUAAAAAUUAGACCGUAGUCCAAUUUCCCCUAUUUAUUAAAGAAGAAAAAGAUUUUUUUCAAGUUGUUGAUGAGUAGUAUUGGAAAUAGUCAAUCUGUGAGGCAUCACAGUAGCCCAGAGAGGCAUUGUCCCACUGUGCUGACCAUAAGAAAUUGUUAGAGUCACUAGGGGGAACAUUUUGCAGUUUGUCUGCCUCACCCAUGUUCUAUUAAUCCUACCUAUUCUUUUUCUUGAAAGUAGACUCAAGGCCUAGAUUUGGAAGAGCUAUAUUUUGAUCAUGAUAAAAACCACAGUGUGGCAAAAGUUAACCAUGGUUUGGGCUCCCAAGGAGCCUCUGAUUGGCUCUGUCAGCUAUGGACUGCUUAUUCCUAGACUUCUUACAUGAUUAGAAGUAAUUGCUAACUAGUUGAAACCCAAGUGAUUUGGGGGGAGGUUGUUUUUGAGUUGCUUUUAUGUUGAUGUCCAGCUGAAUGUAAUAUUAUUUGUUGGUCAGCUUUUAUAAAUGCUCCAGUUUUCUUUGAAAAACAACAUGUAUUCUCUAAUUUUUGGAUAUAGAAUAUAUUCCCAUUAACUCAAGCCAGUUGUGUUUUCAGAUAUAGUAUGUACAUUCAAGUUCUUUUUCUUUCAAGCUUUUUUAGUGAUAGAUGUGUAUUAAAGUCUUCCAUCAUGGAUAUGGAUUAAAAAAUUCA